GUAAAAAACAAGAAUUUUUUUUUUUUUUUUAAAUCUUAUCUAAGUAAGAUUCCAAGUAAAAAACAAGAAUAGUCUUUAUUUCCGGGUAGAGAUUUGACUGCUACGGAGGAGUAUUUGCUACACAGAUGGAUCGCUGCUGCUUCACCCCGUGACGUUAUUGUCUAUAUUCUGAGUAGGGGAUGUGUGGUUGCGGACAGUACCGUGGAAUAUAGUUGACGGCGGAAGUGGUCGAUAGUUGCAGCUGGUGGACAGUAUUUGUGGCGGUUGCCGGUUGUGGUGGGUGCGGAUUGUACACACACUCACACAUUCAAGAGCAAUUAGGAUUGAUCUUUUCACAUACUGUAUGUUUAUGGAUCCUCGAUUCACUGGCUUUGCAGAGCAAGAAGAUCAAUCCCUUGUUUCAACCUUUCUGCAAUCUUUGGAUACUCCUCAAAAUGACUCUUUAGCAGCUCUGGGUUUUUCUGAUAACCCUUGGACCACACUUGGUCCCAACCAUGGCCAUUUUGUUCCACCUGCAGAUUUGGAUUCCCCAGAUGCCGAUGACCCUAUGUCCAAGGGUCCACCUGCAGAUUUGGACUCCCCAGAUGAUGAUGAUGACCCUGUGUCCAAGUACCUCAGCCAAAUACUAUUGGAGGAGAACAUCGCUCUGGGUUUUUCUGAUAACCCUUGGACCACACUUGGUCCCAACCAUGGCCAUUUUGUUCCACCUGCAGAUUUGGAUUCCCCAGAUGCCGAUGACCCUAUGUCCAAGGGUCCACCUGCAGAUUUGGACUCCCCAGAUGAUGAUGAUGACCCUGUGUCCAAGUACCUCAGCCAAAUACUAUUGGAGGAGAACAUCGGUGAGAAGCCAAGUAUGUUCCAUGAUGCAGUUUCUCUUCAAGCUGCCGAUGAUGACUUCUCAAGCUCCCAUGAUAAGAGCCAACUUUCACCUCAUCAAUCCCAAGUUAGCCAUAAUAACCCAGAAAGCUCAGGCAACAUAUAUGAGAAUUCGAAUACAAGCAAUGGCACCAUUGAUUCUCUAAAUACAAAUAAUAUCCAAGUAUCAGAUGUCAGUAAGCUUGGAAAUAUGUUUGGUGACACAGAGGCCAUACUAAAUUUCAAGAGAGGAAUGGAGGAAGCCAGUAAAUUCCUGCCCGCUAAUAAUGAAUUCGUUAUUGAUUUCGAUAGAUACCCAUUGCCUCAAAAGACAGUUGAGUUGCCUAGGGAUAAUGCUAUAAACAAGGUAAGGAAUACUGAGAUUGACAACAAUUCACUUAGAGGAAAGAAGCAUCAGCAUCCCGAUCAUGGCUAUGAGUUUGAAGAAGAGAGGAGCAGCAAGUUAUCUGCGGUUUAUGGGGAAGAACAGUUAUCACAGAUGUUUGAUGAGGUUUUGCUGUCUGAUAGUAAUGAGAAAAAUCGUGUGAAGAAUAUUCAAUGCUCACCUGAAGUAGGUGGCAAGGGCAGGCCUCGUAAUGGUGGGAAACGACAUCCUAAUAAGCAGCAGCAGGGAGAUACAACAAGUGAAGCGGUCGAUAUGCAUACUCUUUUGAUAAGAUGUGCACAAUCGGUUGCCACUGACGAUCACAAGUCUGCAAAUGAACAAUUAAAACAGAUCCGGAAGCACUGUUUGGUCAACGGCGAUGCAGAUCAGAGGGUGGCAUUUAUAUUAGCAAACAGCCUUGAGGCGCGUUUGGCUGGCACGGGGACCCUCCUCUUUAAGUCCCUAACCCCUAAAGGAAUCACAGCUUUUGACAAGUUAAAAGGAUACCAGGUUUACAUGUCCGCAAUUCCUUUUAAGAGGACAGCAACAGACUUCGCAAAUACAAUGAUUUACAUGGUCUCAUUGGAAGCCAAAGCGCUACAUGUCAUCGAUUUCGGCAUUCAUUACGGUUUCCAAUGGCCCAUCCUUCUCCAGCAUCUUUCGAACAGGCCAGGUGGGCCUCCUACACUCCGUAUGACCGGAAUCGAUUAUCCCAAACCUGGUUUUCGUCCAGCGGAAUUGAUAGAAGAGACCGGGCGCCGCUUGGCAGAUUAUUGUGAACGCUUUGGCAUACCAUUCAAGUACAAUGCCAUAGCGACACGAAAUUGGGAGACGAUUAGAAUUGAAGAUUUGAAGCUUGGUGAUGAUGAGAUGGUUGCCGUGAAUUGCUCAUUCCGGUUUAAAGACGUGCUUGAUUAUAAGGUGGUUAUGGAGGAUAGUCCUCGUGAUGCCGUCCUCAGGCUAAUCAGGAAAGUGAACCCAAGGAUUUAUGUGCAAGCUGUUGUAAACGCAGCUUAUGGCACGCCAUUCUUUGCUUCUCGGUUCCGUGAUGCUCUCUACCACUACUAUUCCUUCUUUGAUAUUUUCGAAACUUUAUUUCCCCGUAACGAUCCGCAGAGGCUCCAACUUGAGCAUGAUAUCUUUGGGCGGGAGGCGUUGAAUGUGGUUGCAUGUGAGGGCACGGCAAGGGUUGUGAGGCCUGAGACAUACAAGCAGUGGCAGAUAAGGAAUGCCAGAGCUGGGUUCAAACUUCUUCCAUUGAACCCAGAACUGAUGGCCAGGCUGAGGAAAAAGGUGAAGACAGGGUACCACAAAGAGUUUGUGUUUGAUGAAGACGGCGGUUGGAUGGUGCAGGGAUGGAAGGGGAGGGUUCUCACCGCUAGCUCCUGUUGGGUGCCUGUGUAGAAUGAAAGAAAAGCGGCAUGCUUCAUAUGACACCGGUGUAUGAAAAUAUGAAAUGGUGGUCCCAACUACGAGCGUAUAUUGUGCAUCACUCAACUCGUUGACAAAGGUGUAUUAAACUUCUCGUAUGCUAAGGAAAUCCAAUUACAUAAAAUACCUUGAUAAUAGUAAAAUCACCAACUGGCAAAUGCUUUCAAUUGUAAUAGCAAAAGUUGAUAGACAAUGAUCUUUGAUCAUAAGUUUCUUUGUAUGGUUAAGUUUGAAAAUGCAAAAAGUAAGGCAUUUAAUUUUUCAAGCCUAAUUAUUUUAAAAACAUGAUAAAAUAAUAAAGAGGAUUUAAAUUU